GUACAUUUUCAAUGGACUCAAGUGCAGAUUUUUAUUACAUUAUCGGAGUUAUUACAUUAUCAGGUUCUACGGGCCUUAUUAUAAGAUCAUAAUUAGAUGUCACCAGGCUUGACUGUAUAUAAAAGUAUCUCUGUUUAUAUUCCUCCUUGUUGCAUGCAUUCUCAAAGUGUGUGCACAGUAAGUUGGAGUGCACUGUGCGCAGCAGUGCAUCAGCCUGUCUCCUUCAGCACCUCGGACAGCGCAGCGGGCUGUGCAGCUGAUUCUCCCACUGCUGCCGGAGUGUAAAAACAGCACUAAUGUGAGCAUGUGAGUGUGAGUAAACCCUCUCUGUCCAUAUAAUGAGUAGGAGUGGUCAGUGUGGGAGGUCGCGCGGCGUGGAGGCAGCAGAGGGGGGGUGCAGUCAGCUGUGCCCCCAGCAGAUCUUUUUUUUUUCUUUCCCCCAGAAGAGAAAGCUUCCAAGAGUAGGCAGAUACUCAGAACAGAAUGUGGAUGAAUCGUGACACUUUGAAAAAGAGAAAAAACACAGAGACAGGAGAAGCAACGCCCACCGAUUAGAGUCUGGAGUGUGUGGAGACAUAAAAUGUGGAGCCUUCAAAAUACGAGCAGUUCGUGACACGCAUGGUGAACUCAGAGGCCCCCGCACGACGAGGGAAACACAAGUGUUCUCUUUCUCCCUUUUCUUUUUUUUUCCAAAAGCAGUUUAAAGUCAUCAGCAGACAGUGAACGUUAGAGGAGGUUUGGAUGUGCGCAACGGAGCAUGAGUGCCACUGCGGGCACGGAGCGCGCUGCUUAUGAUUUUUUCUAAAGUAUCUUUCAUUUUCUACACAUCCUCUGAAAGAUAUACAUUUGAGGAAAGUCUUCAUCGCGAUGGAACCUGUUGUCGACGAUGCUUGGAGUAUUUUUUUUAUCCCUCUUACAAGUGGUGAGUGGAUCCAGGAAUAAAGCAAGUGAAUAAAGGGGAAUAAGGCUGUGAAAAUGUUUGAUGUGCGCAUUGUCUGAGUCACAUUUCCCAACUUGAUGUUCCUCUGCGUUCCUCUGUGACCCUCCCGUCUUCUCGACGACUCAGCACAUUUGUGAUGAGGAUGUCCGCUGUUUUAAGGAUUUCACACAAACUGGAUUUCUUCUUCGUGGGGAAUGGCUGCUAAAAAUAGCCCGCGUGCUGAUGAGGUUACAAUGAACAGGUUGGUGUUUAGCUGAAACUUCCAGACAUGCGGAAAGAUGUCUUGUUAUAGGACAUUUUAAAUGACAUCAGAGACAAAGUGAGCGGAAAGAAACAAGGAUCUUUUUUUUUUUUUAUCUGAUUGGAAGAAUUUAUUCAGUUCACUUGAGAGGAAAAGAGACCAACAGGCGAUCUUUGGAAGCAGCUUGUUGAUGGCACUGCGCACCGGGAGGAUUUGGUUUGGGCAGGUCUUGCGCAGGGUCUUUCGGCUGCAGGGCUCCUGGUCCAGGCGAUCAAGCAGUCUUCUGUGUCUCUCUGCGAACCAGGAACAGGAUCUGGGGGUCUGUCACCGGGAUCACCACAAGGCGGGGGACUUCCACCGCGGUCACCGGUGCGCACCUUUCUGCGCCUCCGCCUCCAGGCGCUGUCCACACGGCUUCCCCCACGCUUGCUGCGCCUUCCCGGGGAACCCGAGGGGACAUGAGCCCCUCGGUCGCCGGUUCCUGUUGGCCAUGAAGCGGCAAAACGUGCGGACCUUGUCCCUGAUCAUUUGCACGUUUACGUACCUGCUCGUCGGGGCCGCCGUCUUUGACGCCCUGGAGUCCGACUUCGAGAUGCGGGAAAAGGAGCAGCUGGAAGCCGAGGAGAAGCGUCUCCAGGGGAAAUAUAACAUCAGCGAGGAUGAUUACCGCAAACUGGAGAGCAUCAUCAUGGAGGCAGAGCCCCACAGAGCCGGGGUGCAGUGGAAAUUCGCAGGGUCAUUUUACUUUGCCAUCACGGUCAUAACCACCAUAGGCUAUGGGCAUGCAGCGCCGGGGACCGAUGCAGGGAAGGCCUUCUGCAUGUUUUAUGCCGUCCUGGGAAUCCCUUUGACUCUUGUCAUGUUCCAAAGUCUGGGCGAGAGGAUGAACACUUUUGUCAAGUACCUCCUGAAGCGUAUCAAGAAGUGCUGCGGCAUGAGCAUCACCGACGUCUCCAUGGAGAACAUGGUGACUGUAGGAUUCUUCUCCUGCAUCGGCACGCUGUGCAUCGGCGCCGCUGCCUUCUCCCAUUAUGAGGAUUGGAGCUUCUUCCAGUCUUAUUAUUACUGCUUCAUCACAUUAACAACUAUUGGCUUUGGGGACUUUGUCGCCCUUCAAAAGAACCGGGCCCUCCAGAAGAAGCCCCUAUAUGUGGCCUUUAGCUUCAUGUAUAUCCUGGUGGGCCUAACGGUCAUCGGGGCCUUCCUCAACCUGGUGGUGCUCCGCUUCCUGACUAUGAACAGCGAGGACGAGCGGCGGGAUGCAGAGGAACGGGCCUCGCUCGCUGGCAACCGAAACAGCAUGAUCAUCCACAUCCAGGACGAAUCGCUGCAGCGGGGCCGACGGCGGCGCGAGCCUUACCGGCCGGAAGUGACUGAUUUGCAGUCAGUCUGCUCCUGUAUGCACUACCACUCGCAUGACUUCGGCAGCUCUGGGGGAGGGAUGGGAGGCCUGGGCUGUGCCUUCUCCCAUCAGAACUCAUUCAGCUCACAACUGAAUCCCAAUCAGUACUUUCACUCGGUUUCCUACAGGAUCGAGGAGAUCUCACCCAGCACCUUGAAAAACAGCUUCUUCCCUUCGCCCAUCAGCUCGGUGUCUCCGGGCCUUCACAGCUUCACGGACAAUCACCAGCUGAUGAGGAGAAGGAAAUCCAUCUGAACCCUGACACACACAGGACAGAAGAGUUUCCAUGUUUUAUACACAAGGUCAAACAUUUCCAAUGCUGCUCCUUACCAAAUCUUAUUUCAGCACUUUUUCCCCCCUUUUUUGGUUGUGUGUAAUAUAAAAAAGUAUUCUUGGGAACAGAUGAAGAACACUGUGCGGAACAGCGUGGACACAAUGGGAUGCAAAGCAUGAAGCAUGGAUGUCUAUUUUUUCAAGAGAUUGCUCCAUUUACAGACAUACACAAACGACGAGACCUUCCUUAUUUCAGAUUUACAGUACAAAAUUGAUAUAUUAACUUUGGUUUCGUACCAAAUGAUGCACACUUGGGGAAAUGCUAUUUUUCAAAAGGAGUAUGCUUGUUUCACUUUAACUUGAAGAAACUUUUACCGUUAUGUACUAUUUCCAUUGCCUCACUGCAGACAGAGAUUUUAAAAUGACUUAAAGCAUCAGGUAUUGUUUUCUAUAAGCAAUCAUAUAUUUCAAUGGUUUCACCACACAUCAAGCCAAAAUCUUGUUGCCAAUAUUAGCAUGUGGAUUAGAUGUCAUGUACUGUUUGUGACAUUCUUUAGUCUGUUUGUAGAACAGCCAUAUGAAGGUGUCCGUUUGUCUUGGAUUUAAAGGAUCAUGCUGCUGUUAUUAAUAUUUCACCCUCAUAUAGAAUCAGAUCUGGCCACAAAGCUUUAAUUUCACCUACAGCCUUUUUCAUAAUGAGAUGUAAAAUGGACCUAUAAAGGAAAAUCCACCCUCGCCACUACACUUUUCAAGAGAUUUAGCCAACUAUGGGGUCUGUUUUUGAUUGUGUACUCUUCCCGCAUUUACAUUCAUCUUUAAUAUUAGCUCCAUUAAGUCCACCCAUGAUAAC